CAACAAAAACAAACCUAACCUUUAGCUUCAUCAGCAACACCAAUGACCAGAAUCAGAGUUUCAAAGCUUCAUGGAUUUCUCAAAAACAUGUUCGUUCCUUCUUCUUCCACAAAAACCAUUCAUUCCCUUCAUCAAUGCACACAACCAUCUUCAAACAAAUCCAUCACUCCAUUUCGCAACAACACUCCCAAGAAGAAGAAGAAGAAGAAGAAGGAUUGUUCACCUUAUUCUCCUGUUCCCACAGAGUACAUGAGACACAUAAUUGGGAACAUUUACAAAACCCUAAAGUAUUCAUCUUGGGAUUCCGCUGAACAAGAGCUUCAAAAUCUCCCUUUGAAAUGGGACUCUUAUACGGUAAAUCAGGUUCUGAAAUCACACCCACCAAUGGAAAAAGCAUGGUUGUUUUUCAAUUGGGCUUCUCGUAUCAGAGGGUUCAAACACGAUCAAUUUACUUACACAACCAUGCUUAAUAUUUUUGGUGAAGCUGGGAGAAUUUCCUCCAUGAAACAUGUUUUUAAUCAUAUGCAGGAGAAAGGGAUUAGGAUUGAUUCUGUUACUUAUACUUCCAUGAUGCAUUGGCUUUCAAGUUCUGGGAAUGUCGAUGAGGCAAUUGCUUUGUGGGAUGAAAUGAAAUCAAAGGGUUGUUACCCAACUGUUGUUUCUUAUACUGCUUUUAUCAAGAUUCUGUUUGAUAAUCACAGAGUCAAGGAAGCUACUGGUGUGUACAAGGAGAUGAUUCAAUCGGGUUCUGUUCCGAAUUGUUAUACUUAUACAGUUCUUAUGGACCAUCUUAUUGGUGCUGGAAAAUGCAAAGACGCUCUUGAGAUUUUUGAAAGGAUGCAAGAGGCUGGAGUUCAACCUGAUAAAGCUGCAUGUAAUAUUCUGAUUGAGAAGUGUUCUAAAGUUGGUGGUACUGUGUUCAUGACCCAUAUACUUCGGUAUAUGAAAGAAAACAGUCUUGUUCUACGUUACAAUGUUUUUGUGGUAGCAAUGGAAGCCUUGAAAAUUGCGGGUGAGAGCAAUGCCCUUCUAAGGCAAGUCAAUCCACACUUUUAUUUGGAUUGUAGCUUUAGGAAGAAGGCAAAUGACAGUAACACAGUCAUUGCUGAUUCUUCUGCUAGUAUCGAUAAAGAGCUUUUAUAUGUUCUUUUGAAAAAUAACAAUCUUGUUGCUAUUGACCACUUACUUCACGGGAUGAUGGAUAAGAAAAUAUCCUUAGAUAAUAAGUUUAUCUCAACCAUUAUAGAGGAAAAUUGUAAUUGUUGUCGACCUGAUGGUGCUUUGUUAGCUUUCAAGUACAGUGUAACAAUGGGAAUAAGUAUCGAGAGGACAGGAUAUCUUUCUUUAGUGGGCUUGUUAACCAGAUCAAAUAAGUUUCCCAAACUGGUAGAAAUUGUUGUGGAAAUGACUAGAGCAGGGCAUUCUCUCGGAAUUUAUCUGGCUUCACUUUUAAUUUAUAGGCUUGGUUGUGCUAGGCAGCCAUCUAUUGCCAUGAAGAUUUUCAAUUUAUUACCUGAUAAUCAUAAGUGCACUGCUACAUACACUGCUUUAAUUAGCAUUUACUUCUCCGCUAGGAGAGUUAAUAAGGCACUUGAAAUUUAUAAAAUCAUGUGUCAAAAAGGAAUUUGUCCAACGUCAGGCACAUAUAAUAUAUUAGUUGCUGGUUUAGAAAGAAAUGGCAGAUAUUCUGAAGCAGAACUUCAUAGGAAAGCAAAGAAGAGUCUACAUUCUAAUUUUGGUUCUCAGGAAAAUCUUUCCACAGAGGGAAAGAUAUGUGACCUUCUCUUUGCUGGGGAUGUAAUACUUUGAUUUUGAUGCACUGAGAAUCCUCAUUGUUGAUUCAAGCUUGAGGGAAUGGUGAAUAGUUGCUACUGGAGAGUGACAUAUGCCUACAUGGCACCUGCUGUUUUCUUUUCUCAAGAAAUCAUGGAUGUUUUGAUUCAAGAUCAUGUUUAUGAGAGAUCGAUGCCAACGCGGUCUAAUUGUACAUUUCUAUCUUCAUUUGCAACAUCUUGCAGUAAAUGCUUUGGAACAGAUGAACUUGAGCUUUAUGUUCUUUAGGAGGACAGUCAUAUGUUGCAUAAAAUAAGAACUCUAUAAAGGAUGUUCCCAUGCAGAUGCUCAUAACUUUGUCCCAGUUAGAGACAGGAUGCGUGGUUGUUAAAAUGUGGGAGGACAGCUAUAGACACAUCCGAAAAGCCCCCGACUUAAGCAUGAUUGCUUUCGAAGUAUCUCCUCUCCUUCAUGGGCACCCAUGGUAUUCUUGGAAACAGGUCUAAUUCAAUGUAAAUUUUCUUAUGUAUUGUCCUACGUAGAAGCUUAUGCCCCGUUUAUUUUCUAACAACAAUUUCAAUAUUCAUUUUCAUAUCUUACUUUGUAUGUGGGUGGCUGUGAUGACAUUUGGAUGUAUAUUUCUUCUUUUUAAACAAGCCCUUAGAUGACAAUAUUGGCUUCACGGAAAUGAUUGUUUUUUUAUCAUUACUGUGCAGUGGACAAUGCAAACAAAAAUGAAUCCCAAAGCUAAAGCCUUUAAGACGGCCAAGGCUGUGAAAUCAGGUGGGCCAGUGAUUAAGAAGAAAGCAAAGAAGAUCAGAACAACAGUCACAUUUCACCAGCCAAAGACAUUGUCGAAGGAAGGGAACCCUAAGUAUCCCCGCAUUAGUGCAACACCAAGAAACAAGUUGGACCAUUAUCAAAUUCUUAAAUUUACUUUGAUUACAGAGUCUGCAAUGAAUAAAAUCGAAGAUAACAAUACACUGGUCUUUAUUGUUGAUCUCCGUGCUGAUAAAAAGAAAGUUAAAGAUGCUGUGAAGAAAAUGCAUGACAUUCAGGCUAAGAAAGUGAACACUUUGAUCAGCCUGAUGGUACUAAGAAAGCCUAUGUCCGGUUGACUCCAGAUUACGAUGCAUUGGAUGUUGCCAACAAAAUUGGUAUCAUCUAAGUUGAAUUGCUUAUUUGAGCAGAGCUAAUCCUUCGAUUCUAAGAUAGUUGAUAUAUAUCCUGUAUUAAGACUCCUUUCUCAUCCUUAUACAUUACUACUCUGGUGUAUUCAAUUUUGACAACAUUUUCAUGACAUCAAUUUAUAUUUUGAAGUUA